GGGCAUGCGCGGCAGAGGCGGUUUGUGUCUGUUCUAGCGUAUACAGGAAAGGAGCGGAUAGCUAGCACGGCUGCUAACUACAUUUCUGUGUCCACUUGGGUUGUUCGCUGUGGUUUGAAGUAUGAGCAUGGGGGAUUUCACAGCAGACCGAGGGAAAAGGACACCUAUACCGGAUAAAGUCGACAUGUCCUUGGAUGACAUUAUUCGGCUGAACAAAAAAGAGCAACAGUUAAGGAGACAGGCCAAUGUGAACCGCCGACCAGUGAAGAAGAAAGGCCGCUUAAUCCAAGGAAAGGGAGUUUCACAGAGGACUGCAGGACCAGCCCAGAGAGGAGGUGGCAUUCCCCGAGGAGGAGGUCCCAAAUUGAGAAACAGAAAGGUCCCACCAAUAGUGGCUCGGAGACGGGGUCAGGGGGUCAUCACGGGACUGGCGGCCAGGAGACCAGCGGCUCUGCUGAAGCGAGCCGGCACACUGAACAGAUCAGCAUUCAACCAGAAAACAAGACAGAAAACAAGGCCCUUCUUUCAGCGCACUGAAACCCAGUACAGGAAGCCGGAGGUACAGAGGCGGCUGUACAGGCAGCCAGAUCAACAGAGAGGCCCAAACGCCCCGUCAGUCAGGAGGCCUUUUCAACUGCGGCGACGACCGCUGCCGCCUGUCCAGCAGACUCAGAGGGAAGCACGACAGGCCACGUUUCUUUUUCGCAGGGGACUCAAGGUACAAGCCCAAGUGCAGAAGCCAACUCCCCGCACACCUCCAGUCAGAACACGCCAGUGGCGCACAUCGACAGCCAGCAGUGGAAUCCUGACUGUUUCAAUAGACAACCCCACAGCCAGGACACAGCCUGAGCCCCCAACAGCUUGGACCCUGCAUCCCCCUGCUGCCAGUGUUGCCCCCGUGAAGAUGGAAACGGUGGAGAAGAAGAUACCAAAAGGAGUGCCUCUGCAGUUUGACAUCAACAGUGUUGGAAAACCGCAAACGUCGAUGACUCUGAACGAGCGAUUCCGCAUCCUAAAAGACCGACGCUCUGCCACAGCUCAGAGCAGUAAAGGCAGCAGAUUCGUCACCGUUGGUUAGCUGACCGGAAGGAAGACACAGAUGAUACUCAAACGCUCCUCUGUCCUGCUCAGACUCACACGGCGAACCCCACCUCUCUGAUGGAGCGGACAGUGCAGACCCCAAUGCCUCGCUCUGCUAAUUGGAGGGAAGGCAAAAAGCCACAGGACAAACAAGGAUGAUGUGCACAACUGUGAGGACUUGAGUGUGAAAGAGUUUGUUGUAAAAGAAGCCCCCAAUCAUUGUUCAUAUCAUUGUCCUCAGCUGUUUGUGUUGUGGACGUUCUGUACUGGAAAUGACUGAGCCCCCCCCCAUUUGGUCUUGGGACAUUUGACACUAAUCAAAGUUGGCUUCAGAGUAUUUCUUUUCAGAAUGGACCUCUAUGCAUUUGCUAGAAUGGCACGUAUGUUCUCUUCACCUUUUUUGACAUUUUUGAGAGUUGUUUUGUAAUGUUUCUUUAAAUAAAUGGGUUUCUCUUUAAAGACUA